AUGAAUACCCAGAAUCUUGGUGCUAAAGGAAAAAGUAAGGCAGCAAAAGGUAUUGCAAAGAGACACAGGAAGCAGUCUGGGCUGACGGAUAGCAUAUCGAAGCCUGCGAUAAGAAGGAUUGCUCGACGGGCAGGUGUAAGAAGAGUCGGAGGCGGUUGCUUUAAGGAAGUAAACAAUGCAGCAAGAGAAUACAUCAGGGAUACACUCUCGAUUGCAUGUAUUUAUGCCACACAUGCCAAGAGAAAGACAAUCACGUGCUCUGACAUCCUGCACUCCUUGAAGAGAAUGGGUAUCAAGUACAUUGGAUAUUAA